AGUCGCCAUUGAGCAGCCAUUUUGGUGUGUAAGGAGUGCUCAAGUACCAAAAAUCAGUGAUCUAAAUAAUUGUUUUCGGAAAGAAAAGUAUCAAAACUGCUAGUUAGUGACCCAUAUGGCUUGUUUAAAUACAUUGAAACAAGAGAUAAGGACAUUAGAAUCGGUUUUUACAAAAAAUCAUGAACGGUUUCAGAUCAUCUCGGCCAGUGUUGACGAAUUGACAUGUAGGUUUAUUGGAAAGAAUGCUGUAGAAUACACGAUCCAUGCGAAUAUUACGGAAACUUAUCCUGCAUCACCACCUGUGUGGUUUGCAGACUCCGAAGAAACUAGUAUAGCAAAUGCGGUUCAAAUAUUAAGCAACACAGAAGGCUUGGACAACCAUGUCCUUUAUCAGGUGAUAAUACUUCUUAGGGGAACUAUGUCGACUGCAUGGCGUUCCAGAACCACCCGACUUAGAAAGACUGCAUAUUCUAGAUCCGCUAACAACAAAUCGAAUAACUUCUCGGAAUAGCGCUGGUGACGGAGACUACGCUAUGGAAGAUGAAAACUUAGAUAGCGACGCUGAUUUGGAUAUCGGUGAUAGUGAUGGCGAAGAAGACAGUGAUGCUGACGAGGAUCUUGCAAUGGAAGUCGAAGACAACAGACCAAAAGCCGACGAAAUGGGAGUCGAACAUUUAGCCACACUCGAACGACUAAGACAAAAUCAACGUCAAGAUUAUUUAAGGGGUUCAGUGUCAGGUUCCGUCCAAGCCACUGAUCGUCUUAUGAAAGAAUUGCGUGACAUAUACCGUUCAGACUCUUUCAAAAAUAAAAUGUACCAGAUCGAGUUAGUUAGCGAUUCACUCUAUGAAUGGAACGUUAGAUUGAUGUGCGUAGAUCCAGACAGUCCUCUCAGCCAUGAUCUCCAGAUGCUCAAAGAAAAAGAGGGCAAAGAUGCAAUUCAGCUCAACAUGUUAUUCAAAGACACUUAUCCGUUUGAACCACCUUUUGUCAGAGUUGUACAUCCAAUUAUCUCUGGUGGUUAUGUCUUAGUUGGAGGUGCCAUUUGCAUGGAACUUUUAACAAAACAAGGCUGGUCAAGUGCUUAUACAGUAGAAGCUGUGAUAAUGCAGAUCUCGGCUACCUUAGUGAAAGGCAAAGCUCGCAUCCAAUUCGGUACACCAAAAGUCUGCUCACAGGGACAGUACAGUCUAGCACGUGCCCAGCAGAGUUUCAAAUCACUUGUACAAAUCCACGAGAAAAAUGGUUGGUUCACGCCCCCAAAAGAAGAUGGCUAAACCGAUGAUGGAGACGACCAACUUCUUAUUUUUUUUUCUACAUUUUCUGUGGGCGUAGAACGCAUUGUUUCCAAAAAAAUAUCGCCCCUAAAUAAACAGAUUUCCC